CGUGAGUGGGGGAGAUGCCUGCUCUCAGGAGGGGAGCAGAUCCAGUGCUGAGCCCAAGGAGCCGGGAUGGAGCCCUCCCGACUGAAGAAGACCAGUUCUGAGGAGGAGGAGGACGACGAGGAGGAGGAAGGCUACAUCAUCCCUCCCAAGAAGAUCUCAAAACUCGAAAUGGUCCCUAACCUCAGGAGAAGCAACAGUGGCCGCUCCAAAACGAAGAGGCCCCAGUAUGCUUUUGGCAACAAUGAGAAGGAGAACCUCAGCUCGUGGAUUCCGGAGAACAUUAAGAAGAAGGAGUGCGUGUAUUUUGUUGAAAGUUCCAAAACGUCAGACUCUGGGAAGGUGGUGUGCGAGUGUGGCUACACGAGGGAGCAGCACCUGGAGGAGGCCACCAAGCCCCAAGUGUUCCAGGGCAAAGAAUGGGACCUGAAGAGGCACGUCCAGGAGAUGCCCACCGACGCCUUUGGGGACAUUGUCUUCACAGGCUUGGGACAGAAGGUGGGAAAGUAUGUACGCGUGUCUCAGGACACUCCACCCGGUGUGAUCUACCACCUCAUGACACAGCACUGGGGGCUCGACGUUCCCAACCUCCUGAUCUCCGUCACUGGAGGAGCAAAAAACUUCAACAUGAAAGUCAGACUGAAGAGCAUCUUCAGAAGGGGCUUAGUCAAGGUGGCACAGACAACAGGGGCCUGGAUCAUAACUGGGGGCUCACAUACCGGGGUUAUGAAGCAGGUGGGGGAGGCUGUGCGAGACUUCAGUCUGAGCAGCAGCUAUAAGGAAGGGGAAGUCAUCACCAUUGGAAUCGCCACUUGGGGUACUGUGCACAAUCGCGAGAGUUUGAUCUAUCCCACGGGAGGCUUCCCAGCUGAGUAUAUCUUGGAUGAGGAGAGCCAAGGAAAUCUUUCCUGCCUGGACAACAACCACUCCCACUUCAUCCUUGUGGAUGAUGGAACCCAUGGCAGAUAUGGUGUGGAGAUUCUCCUGAGGACUAAGCUGGAGAAAUUCAUCUCAGAGCAGACAAAAGAAAAAGGAGGGGUGGCUAUCAAGAUUCCAAUUGUCUGUGUGGUCCUAGAGGGAGGACCUGGCACGUUGGAUACCAUCUUCAAUGCCAUGACCAAUGGCACCCCCUGUGUGAUUGUGGAGGGCUCGGGACGUGUGGCUGACGUCAUCGCUCAGGUGGCGAACCUACCCAUCUCAGAAAUCACCAUCUCCCUGAUCCAGAAGAAGCUGAGCUUGCUUUUCCAUGAGACUUUUGAGACAUUUACUGAGAGCAAGAUUGUGGAGUGGACCAAGAAGAUCCAAGACAUCGUGCGGAAGAGACAGCUGCUGACUAUCUACCGUGAAGGCAAAAAUGGCCAGCAGGAUGUGGAUGUGGCCAUCCUUCAGGCACUGCUAAAAGCCUCAAGGAAUCAUGACCACGUGGGCCAUGAGAACUGGGACCAUCAACUGAAGUUGGCCGUUGCUUGGAACAGGGUGGAUAUUGCUCGAAGUGAGAUUUUCACAGAUGAGCGCCAGUGGAAGCCUUCAGAUCUGCACCCAAUGAUGGCUGCCGCCCUCAUCACCAACAAGCCUGAGUUUGUGAAGCUCUUCCUGGAGAACGGGGUCCGCCUGAAGGAAUUUGUCACCUGGGACACGCUGAUUUACCUCUAUGAGAACUUAGCGCCCUCCAGCCUGUUCCACAGUAAGCUGCAGAAGGUGCUAAUGGAGGAGAUGGAGCGCUCUGCCUACUCAUCCCUGCCCAAGAUCCAGAUGCACCACGUGUCCCAGGUGCUCAGAGAGCUGCUCGGAGACUUCACACAACCGCUGUAUCCCAAGCCCAAGCACAGCGAGCGGCCCCGGCUGUCCCUGGCGGUGCCACACAUUAAGCUCAAUGUGCAAGGAGUGAGCCUCCGGUCCCUCUACAAGCGUUCUCCAGGACGUGUCACUUUCACCAUGGACCCUGUCCGAGACCUCCUUAUUUGGGCCAUUGUCCAGAAUCGGAAAGAACUGGCAGAGAUCAUCUGGGCCCAGAGCCAGGAUUGCAUUGCAGCAGCCUUGGCUUGCAGUAAGAUCCUGAAGGAGCUGUCCAAAGAGGAGGAUGACACGGACAGCUCUGAGGAAAUGCUCACCCUUGCUGAGGAAUAUGAGCACAGAGCCAUCGGGGUCUUCACAGAGUGCUACCGGAAAGAUGAAGAGAGAGCACAAAAGCUCCUUAUCCGAGUGUCUGAGGCCUGGGGGAAGACAACCUGUCUGCAGCUGGCUCUGGAGGCCAAGGACAUGAAGUUUGUGUCCCAUGGGGGCAUCCAGGCCUUUCUGACCAAAGUCUGGUGGGGGCAGCUGUGUGUGGACAACGGCCUCUGGCGGGUGAUCCUGUGCAUGCUGGCGUUCCCUCUUCUCUACACGGGCAUCAUCUCCUUCAGGGAGAAGAGGCUCCAGCCGGUGAGCUGCCUGGCCCGCUUCCGUGCCUUCUUCACUGCGCCCGUGGUCAUCUUCCACCUCAACAUCCUCUCCUACUUCACCUUCCUCUGGCUCUUUGCUUACGUACUCAUGAUCGAUUUCCAGCCCACGCCAUCUUGGAGAGAGUACGUCAUCUACUUCUGGCUUUUCUCACUUGUGUGUGAGGAGACACGGCAGCUUUUCUACGACCCGGAUGGCUUUGGGCUCCUGAAGAUGGCCUCUUUGUACUUCAAUGACUUCUGGAACAAGCUUGAUGUUGGUGCCAUCCUCAUCUUCAUAGCUGGGCUCACAUGCAGGUUGAUCCCAGCGACCCUGUACCCAGGAAGGAUCAUACUGUCUCUGGAUUUCAUUAUGUUCUGUCUGAGACUGAUGCACAUUUUCACGGUCAGCAAAACUCUGGGGCCCAAGAUCAUCAUUGUGAAGAGAAUGAUGAAGGACGUCUUCUUCUUCCUCUUCUUGUUGGCUGUUUGGGUUGUGUCCUUUGGGGUCGCGAAGCAGGCCAUCCUGAUCCAUAACGAGAGCCGGGUGGACUGGAUCUUCCGAGGGGUGGUUUACCAUUCCUACCUAACCAUCUUUGGGCAGAUCCCAACCUACAUCGAUGGGGUGAACUUCAAUCCGGAGCAGUGCAGCCCCAAUGGAACGGACCCCUACAAGCCCAAGUGUCCUGAGAGCAGCGAGGUCAGCAACAAGCCUGUGUUCCCCGAGUGGCUGACGGUCAUCCUGCUCUGUCUCUAUCUGCUCUUCACCAACAUCCUGCUCCUUAACCUACUCAUCGCCAUGUUCAACUACACGUUCCAGCAGGUCCAGGAGCACACGGACCAGAUCUGGAAGUUCCAGCGGCACGACCUGAUCGAGGAAUAUCACGGACGGCCCCCGGCGCCCCCACCCUUCAUCUUAUUCAACCACCUGCAGCUGUUUGUCAAGAGAGUCAUCCUGGGCAAGCCCGCCAAGAGGCACAAGCAGCUGAAGAAGAAGCUGGAGAAGAAUGAGGAGGCCACUCUGCUCUCCUGGGAGAUCUACCUAAAGGAAAACUAUCUGCAGAGUCAGCAGUACCAGCUCAAGCAAAGGACGGACCAGAAGAUCGAGGACAUGGGCAAUAAGAUUGACAUCAUGAUGGACCUGCUGGACCUGGAUCACCUGAAAAGGAUGGGCUCUGUGGAGCAGCGCCUGGGGUACCUGGAAGAGCAGAUGUUCCAGUCAACCAAGGCCCUGACCUGGAUCAUCCGGGCACUGAGGGACAAUGGUUUUGGCUCCGAGGAGGACGUGCCCGUCUUGGUGUCCAGGAAGAUGCCAGAAGGGAAGGAGUAUGACCCAGGGGACAAACAGGAAGACACAGAGGACUUGUACCAUGUGAAUGCCCGCCAUCUCCUGUACCCCAAUUCCACCGUCAUGCGCUUCCCAGUGCCCAACGAGAAGGUGCCCUGGGAGCAGGAAUUCCAUAUCUAUGAUCCUCCCUUUUACACGGCGGAGAGGAAGGAGAAAGCCACAUCAGACCCUGUGGGAAAUUCUCUGGAGUCUCUGUCUAGAAUCAAUUAUAACACCAUGGACGGGCUGAUCAACAGGCAGAGUUUCCACGGACCUUACAUGGUGCAGGAUGGGCUCUCGCUGAAUCCCAUGGGGCGCACGGGAUUACGAGGCAGAGGGAGCCUCUGCUGUUUCGGACCGAACCAUGCCCUGCACCCUGUUAUCACACGCUGGCGGCGGAAUCAAGAUGGUGCCAUUUGUAGAAAAAGCAUAAAGAAGAUGCUGGAAAUCUUGGUCGUCAAGCAUGCCCUGUCAGAACACUGGGCUUUGCCGGGGGGAUCCCUGGAACCUGGUGAGAUGCUGCCCCGAAAACUGAAGAGGAUCCUGAGCCAGGAAUUCUGGCAGUACUUUGAGACACUGCUGAAGCAAGGUGCUGAGGUCUAUAAAGGCUAUGUCGAUGACCCGAGGAACACAGAUAAUGCCUGGAUAGAAACCAUUGCCAUCAGUGUUCACUUCAAGGACCAGAAUGACUUGGAACUGAAGCGGCUGAAUUCUCAUCUCCAAGUCUGCGACCCAGAGGUCUCCAUCCGAUGGCAGGUGGUUGACAAGCGGAUCCCACUCUAUGCAAAUCACAAGGAGAUCCUUCAGAAAGCCUCCGCCCUGUUUGGUGCCUAUUACUAAGGCUGGACCAACACUCCAGGUGCCCUGGCACUGGAGGACAGCAAAGGGUUGGGCUUUCAUUGGCCAGAAAUGAGCCGUCUGGUCCAAUGAUCUCCACACCUGCCAUGAUGAGAAAGAUGUUCAUUCUGUCACUCAGCCCCUGUGGACUCACCCCUAUUCUCACAGAGGUGGGACUGAGACUCCUGGGGUGCAGGGUGCCAACCUGGGCCAGACGCCAGCAGAAAUGUUGGAAUCCAUCUCAGAGGGCUGGUCUUGACCUCUUCCAUGCCAUACUCUGUCUCCUUGCAAUCUGGACUGGCAAUCAGACUGCCCAGGAGGCAUUGAUGGUAGUGCUGGGGUGUGGGGAAGGGGAGCAGUCUUAAGACCCAGGCCUGGGGUGAAGGACAGGGAGGGCCAAGGGCUUGUCUUCUCUGCAGAAAUUAAGCUAAUGUCCUCAGGGGAGGUGCACACCCUUUCUUCACCAUCUCCAGUCCCCAGGGAGAAGCUAACCUGAGAGACUCACUGGUUUCCAGCCUGUGCCACCCUUCUGUUCUUUUCCAUAGCAUCUUCCCUGCCCCUGCCCAGGGCCCUCCAACUAGGAGGCUCCAUGUUCUCAUGAGAUUGUCCCCAGAGCCUCUGUCUGUAGCUGGAACUUAGCAUGGAUCUAACACCUCCAGGCACCCCCCGGGGAGUCUUAGGCCUGUGGUCUGGGGACAUUCCCUAUCCACAGCAGGUGCCAAACUGUCAUAAGCAAGGAGUGUCCCAGGGUGGGCUGGUCCCUAUGAGAGAGGCCAGAUCCUGAGGGCCCUAAUGAAGCCUCCUCAGAGUUUCUUUUUGUCCUCUCAUGAGACCUGCCAUGGUCAAGUGAUUCUGAGGAUGGGGGACCUGGUAACAGACAUGAUAUUAAACCUGCUCACUGGUUCCUCCUCA